AUGUCCUAUGAUGUCUCAAUAGUUCGUUACCUUGGCCACAUUUAUACUGUCUUAUCAUAUUCCAGGAAGAUCUUCGUUGGUGGUAUUGCGUACGAUGUGCUCAACGAAGAUCUCACCAAUCAUUUCCAACAGUAUGGAGAGGUCGCUCAGGCCCAGGUGAAGUUCGAUCGAGUCACCGGCCGCUCGAGGGGCUUUGCCUUCGUCGAAUUCGCAACAGGAGAGGGUUGCAAGGCAGCGCUUGCUGCUAGGGAGCAAGUGAUCAAGAACAAGCAGGUAGAAGUGAAGCCGGCUAAGUCACGGGAGAACAAGAAAGUGUUUGUUGGUGGCUUACCAUCUGACUACAACGAAGGCGAACUCCGAACGCACUUCGAAAAGUACGGAAAGGUCGAAGACAUCGAGUGGCCUUUCGACAAGCAGACCAAAAUGCGCCGUAAUUUCGCAUUUAUUGUCUUCGAAGAGGAAGAGGCUGCCGAUAAGGCAUCCACUCAGCCGAAGCAAACCUUUGGCAAUCGCGAAUGCGAUGUUAAGAAAGCAGUCCCUCAAGGAAAGCGAUUUGCCGCCAUGGGAGGUCGUGGUAACGGUAUGAGGCCGUACGGCGGUCGAGGGGGCGUCAAUGGAGGAGCGGCUUGGUAUGGAGCCUGGGGACAAAUGGGAAUGCCGUAUGGAGCUGGGGCCGCAUGGGGAGAUUGGUACGGAGCAGCCAACUCUUUCUAUGGUCAACAGAACGGAUCGGCCGCUUACCCGAAUGCUUACGGUGCUGGAGGUAUUGUUUGUACUUGGUUAUAA